AUGCUUUCUGCCACCUCGCAACUGCAGACAAGAUUUGAUAUCUUAACUGAUCGUCUACAACGGCUGAAAACCAACAAGCAUCAACCACAUUCAUAUCGAUCGUUGUCGCGUUUCCGUCCCUCUUGCUGCUGGCAUAACCCAUCUUUCGGUCCCAAAGCACGCAAACGCCAACUUCCUUGUUCCUUCAAACCGUGUUUCAACAGCCCUUUAAACACCCCGGUUUCGACGGCGACGACUGUCUGUGGUCCUUCUCGCACUACUCGCCUAUCUCACAUCACCGAUCGAUCAAGUGGUCUAUGUUCCCUCUUAGAUACGGGAGCUGAAGUUAGUGUGCUACCACAUAAGAAUCCGCUUCCUGACUCCGCUUCUAAUUCGUCACAAGCAUCUACCGGUACCCACAUCGCUACCAACGACGAACUAUUUAAAAAAACAACUCUUAUCCUCCACAUUCGCGAGAUUUCUGGAAUGAGUGGCGCACUGCAAAGGACCCUCGAGUUUUUAGCAGCCGUGUGUUUGUACGUAUUCUUGUUCUAUUCAAUCUUUGCUGUUUACUACACUUCGCCUUUGGUUCGCGGAACUCCUCUCGUCCCUCUGAAUGUCUCACAUCUCUCCACGCAUUUGAUAUUCAUGGUUACGGAUGGCAUGCGAGCAGAUAAACUUUUCGGAUCCCAGUUGAAGUACACUCCAUUUAUCAGGAACAUACUGCUCAACAAGGGGGCUUGGGGCUUGUCUCACACUCGUGUCCCAACAGAGUCCAGGCCUGGCCACAUUGCUAUGCUUGGUGGAUUUUACGAAGAUGUUGCUUCCAUCACAAAAGGAUGGCAAGCAAAUGCCGUGGAAUUCGAUUCCAUACUCAAUCGUUCUCAGCGCGCUUGGGCUUGGGGUACACAUGAAGUAGUUCAAGCUUUCGGUUUGAACACUGUGAAUCUCGUGAUGGCCAAGAGCUCCCCCAGUGAGUUGAGUGACUUGGUCAAGCAUAGCAUCUCGGAUAUCGACCGCUGGACGGUAGACCAGUUCUUGGCCGAGUUGCACAAUAAAGAGACUGGGUUCUUCGCUACAUUAUCCACACCGACCGACCAAUCUUCAACCCUGCGCAAAGGCCAUGUGGCCUUCUUGCAUUUGGAUGCGGCUGAUCUUGUGGGACACGCUUUUAAACCAAAUUCGAAUCAAUAUGUCGAGCUACUGCGUCAUCUGGAUCGCUCCGUAGAAGAGGUAGUCCGCGAAGUUGAAAAGGCUUCUGAGGGUUUGAAUGUGACGGUAGCCUUUAUCCUCACUGCGGAUCACGGAAUGACCGACUGGGGAAGUCAUGGAGCUGGAUCUAUCCACGAGACGGUCACACCAUUACUUGUUUGGGGUGAUGGCCUGAGCGGUCCAAAACUCCUUCCGGACUCUGAAAUUGGACAACCGGUAUCCUUGGACAAGUACGGUCUACCGCCACACAUAGAAGGACGCGUGAGACGUGAUAUACAACAGGCCGACUUAUGUCCUCUUAUGGCCAGUUUGAUCGGAGUUCCUAUCCCAGUCAAUUCCGUCGGCCGUGUGCCAUUGGCAUUGCUAAAUGUGAACGAUUCUGUCAAAGUCAAGCUGGUUCGCGCUAAUUGCCUCCAGCUGUUAUCUCAGCUUCGACUGAAACGAGAGGAAAAGCUCCGGAGUCACUUUGAAUUCUUCUUCAAGGAAUUCCCUUUUCUAAACGAACGGGAUACACGAAGGCGGCUGGAAAAAGCGGAAAAAUUGGAAUCAUCUCGUGCCUAUCCUCAGUCGAUUGUGGAGUAUGAACAGUUGACAGAACUUAUUCUGGCCGCUUUAAAUUACUACCAUACAUAUGACCGGCAGUUCUUGGGAGUUUGUAUUGGAAUAACCUUCGCCCUGUGGAGUUUGGCGAUCCUUUCGACAUUGUGUGGUUCCAUACUGUCAGAAACAACAGAAUGUUCACGCCCUCUGCACAUUUUUCGGUUCUUUGCCACUGGGAUCGUCUGUUUCUGUGGAUUGCUUGUUCUCAGCCUAGCCAAGUUAUGCCCACCAAGCCAUACUGUUUGCCAACUUGUACCGCUUACAUUGGCACUAUACCUACUGUGGUCCCCAUCCACGCGUCGUCUACUGUUCACGAAGCGUGACUCGGAAUUCGUCCGUGCCACCAGUCGCCCGUCACAAUAUGAAAACAUCCAGUGCAGUUCGUUUGCAAUUGGUUUACUGCGCUCGGUUAGCUCUCUGUGUGUCCUGGAAUUACUGAUCUGGGGCUUCCAUUAUCGUCCUCUCUUAUCCGCCGCAUGUCUCGUGGUUGCACUGUGGCCAUUGUUGGACCCAUCCUUCGGGCAAGGUUUACCGCACGUGCGAUGUCUGUGGUCUUUCGCUUGUCUUUUCCUCGCCGUGUUCCCUCUUCUUCCCGUCAUCGGAUCAUUUUUUCAACCGUUCCUCGCCGGCCUCAGUGGAUUGGUCAUAUCCGCCAUCAGUGUGCUCUGCUCCCGCUGGCUGUCGUCCUCAUCAGCAUGUGUUCUUCCGAAAUACCAACCAAUCCAUUCUAGCGCAACUGACUUUCGUUUUGGUUGGAUUUACGGUGUACUGGCUGCUUUGGCAAGCUGCGCUGUGCUUCUCGUUCGAUCAUCGAUAGAACUUCCUUCGGUCAUCAGUCUUUCAGUACAACUAUUCAGUUGGUCAGUGUUAGUGCUUCCUCUUGUUCUCUUCCUGCGUGUCCCACCUCGACUUGGAUUCCGAAUCUUUGGCUCGUUCAGUGCGUGUGUGAUUCCGUUCAUACUUCUGAGUACUGGGUACGAGGUUGUCUUCCUCGGUGUUUUUCUCCUUGUUGGCUUACUGUGGAUCCGGCUGGAGGCUUCCAGCAUGAAGACGAACGAACUCUGGUCUAUAAACACGCGACCACACGCAGCUGAACACAACGAGCAACCGGAUGAUACGAAAGACGCGCUCAAUUUUCGGAACUUUCGACAAUCUCUCUUCUUCAUAUUUUUGCUAGUCCUCUCCUUCUUCGGCACCGGAAACAUUGCUAGUGUCAACAGUUUCGACCCGCGUUCUACAUAUUGUUUCAUUACUUUGCUGAAACCAGCUGUGAUGGCCGUCUUCCUUAUGUUAAAAAUUCUCAUACCAAUGCUCUGCUUGGGAGUCAUCUAUGCUGCUGUGCAACUGGCGAGCGUUCACAGUCUAUCCAACCACUCGACAGGAUUUCGUGAAAAAGGAACCCAAAUCGCACAAACUGCCCUCUGUGUUAUCAUGUCGAACUUCAUUGCGAUUCACUUCUUUGUAUGGUUGCGGGAUGAGGGUAGUUGGCUGGAUAUUGGCACAAGUAUCAGCCAUUACGUGAUAGCCAUGGGUAUUGGCUUUGUCUCUUUUCUGUUCUCGUCACUUGGACGUAAAAUAUUGUGCUUGAGUAUCUCUGAGCCUUGUGUGGAUGAUCGAAACGGUGUGCGCAAAUACAUGUAACUUGUCGCGCCACUACCUUAUGCGUUUCUGUGAUAACACCUGUUUCUAUUUUGUACCACCAAACCAUAUAUUCCAACUAACUCCCAAAUUGUUUGACUUCUCUCAUAUCCUUU